AACUUCUGCAGAAGUUUCGUCGUUGCGAGUGCAUUAGUGCGUUGUCGAUGAACCGCUGAAGGCCAAGGUCUCUGCCUUUCUUCCUUAUUGUGGUUCGUACAUAACUAGUUCGAUGUUCGUUCGUCGAGUAUAUUUUAACGGCCCAUGACCGCUAUAGAUACAAGGUUACUAUAUAAAUUGUACGAAUUUUUUUUCGCGUUUAAUUAUUUUUUUCAAUUUUUAACGUCGUCUGGGCCGAAUUUUGCACCGUUUGGCGCGAAAUCUUAGUCGUUUUAACGUUAUUUUUGGUAAGUAAUUCGUCGUCGGCUUAUCUGGCUGCGAAAUCGUCGCGUCUUUGAUCCGGAGUUUUUGUAAUUUUUUUUUCUAUUUUGGUUAUUUUGACGAUCGCGAAAUUUUUUAUCGCGUGUGCUGAGUUGGCGAAAUUGUUGGUUUUUGAACGAAUUUGCAAGCGGAAUUGUUAUCUAUACAUUGGGUCCAGGCGGAGAUCUUCAAAAAGACCGAUCACUGGUGAAUGAACAAACAAUCGGAGCAGUUGACAAUUCGGAAGCAUUCAUAAGAUGAUCGACAGUGGAAUGGAAUGGCCGACAUUGAGAAAAAUGUGGAUCGUAUUUUUGGUUAUUGCCAUGGCACCCUUAAGCAGGGCUGGAACAAAAUUAGAAGACUGCGAUCCGGAGAUGAUUGGUUUCGAAUUAGUAACCGGUUACGUAUUCACAGCGCCGGACGAUUUACUAGAUUCGAUACCAGGCACGCUGAUGCUGACCGAUUGUCUAGAAGCGUGCCAAGGUAAUGACACUUGUCAUUCGGUCAACUACGAGACUGGCCUUUGCGUGUUAUUUUCAUCGAACGCCGAUUACUAUCCGGGUGCGUUGACAAAAUCACAAUUCCCGGUGUUUACCAUAUACGCUCAAAAAACCUGCUUGGGUAUCAAACCUUGCGAAAAAGCUUGGUGCUUCGAUCGAGUACAAGGCUUUCGUCUCAACGGAUACGUUAAGAAGAAGACUACCGCUACAAGUAGACAAGAUUGUCUAGAAAUGUGCCUAGGAGAAAGAGAAUUUUCCUGCAGAUCGGCCAAUUACAACAACCGUACGAACGACUGCGAACUAUCAGACAUGGACCGUCUGACCGUAGCCGGUAAAGGUUCAUUCGAGCAAAUCACCAAAGAAGGAAAAUCCGAUUCGAAUCCGAUGGAUCACGAAUACCUGGAAAACAACUGUAUCGACGAGCCGAUUAAGUUAUGCGAAUUCAAAAAACUCAGCGGGCGCAUACUCAAGACAGUCGAUUCAGUGUACCAAGAAGUUGGAUCGGCCGAAGAAUGCAGAGAGCUUUGCUUGAAUUCGCCGUACAGGUGCCACUCCUACGAUUACGGCGAUACAGGUGAACUGGUUUGCAGACUGAGUCAUCACUCCAGGGCUACCUUAACCGAUAUACAGGACCCUUACUUAGACGUACCGGAAGCCUCCACUUACGAAUUAAGCUCAUGCUACAACGUAUCCAUCGACUGCCGAGCCGGAGAGAUGGUGACCAAAAUCAAAACCAGCAAAUUAUUCGACGGUAAAAUAUACGCCAAGGGUAGUCCAAACUCUUGCGUACAAGAUGUGAAAAACAGCUUGGAAUUUGAACUGGAGAUGGCCUACGAUGACGUCGAAUGCAACGUCAAACACCAAGGAUUGGGCAAAUACUUGAACGACGUUGUUAUCCAGCACCACGAUACUAUUGUCACAAGUUCCGAUUUAGGUUUAGCUAUCGCCUGCCAAUACGAUUUGACCAAUAAGACUGUCUCGAACGAGGUUGAUCUCGGUAUUCAAGGAGAUGUUAAACCAGCUAUCAGCGAAGAAGUUGUAGUCGAUUCGCCUAAUGUAGCUAUGAAGAUAACCGAUCGAUCCGGAGGUGAUGUUAAACCAUCGGCUGAAGUAGGAGAUCCUUUGGCAUUGAAAUUCGAAAUUCUCGACCCGAACAGUCCUUAUGAAAUCUUCGUACGUGAAUUGGUCGCUAUGGAUGGAGUCGAUUCGAGCGAAAUUGUGUUAAUCGAUUCGGAUGGUUGUCCUACCGAUCACUACAUUAUGGGACCUUUGUAUAAAUCGGCUGGCAAUGGAAAGAUUUUACUGUCAUACUUCGACGCUUUCAAAUUCCCCUCAUCGGAAGUAGUACAAUUCAGAGCUUUAGUAACACCUUGUAUGCCAACUUGCGAACCAGUACGAUGCGACCAAGAAGACGUAAGCGGCGAACUACGAUCAGUAUCAUCAUACGGCAGACGUAAAAGGAGAAGGAGAAGCACAGAACCGCGAGAAGAUUUAUUAUUAGUCGGAUCUAUUCAAAUUACCGAUAAAUUUAAUUUCAAUAAACACGGUCAAGGAAGAAGUCAUUCGAACGAUAAUUCGACGGGCUACAGCGACGAGUCUGUCUACGUGCAUCAAACGUCUAGCGAAAAUUUCGAAAAUUUCUGCGUCAAUAUUUUCGGAAUCGUUAUAUCCUGCUUGAUAUUCUUAGCUGUGCAAGUUGCCGUUAUAAUUGCCUGGACGUACGUCUGGCAAAGAAAUAAACACACCAUUAAGGAAAGUCAUCAAUAUAUUAAUGACGGUAUGUCCGUAAGUUUAAACGUACCACCAAUAAAUAACGUAGGCCGAACGGAGAGUAUGUGCAAAUUAUAUGAAUCAUCGUAUAGUCGAAGAUACUGAAAAAAUUGAAAAAAGUCUGCCAUCGAGUAAUGUUAGUCGUUAUUCGUACGUUGUAAUGCCAUGUUUACAGGUAACCCUAUGAACUCUGCUGUGUACACAGCAAAGUAUAGCCCACUGACACGACGAAAUCUACUUAAUAUUAAUUUUAAUUCGAUAUUUAAAACAAAAUUUUCACCUUAUAGAAAAAAUAUUCCUGUUUUUCUUCCCACCAUAAUAUAACGCUUCAUCUUUUGUAAAGUUACCAACUUACGGAAGAUCGAAAGUACGAUAGAGGGGAAAAAACUCAUCGAAGGUAAAAACGUGGGUUUUUUUCCCAACCGAUACCAAAAUUAUUAUAACUUUUGCCAAAUAAAACAAUCGUAGAAAAACAGGAAAUCAACGUCGUAAUAUUUUUAAAAGAAAAAAAAUCUCUAAGCUCGAUAAUAAUUUUUUUUCUAAUUUAUUGUUUAGAGAUUAAUUUUUUCUUUAAAGUAUACGCGAGAGAAAGAAUAAUGCUAAAUCAAAAAUAGCAGAAGAAAAAUUUUUUCGAUACUUACGAUUCGUAGAUUCUUUCUAUACUCAAUUUAUUUAUUAAACGUUGUUUUUACGCCUGUAAUUAUUCGUAUAGUAUUUUUUUUUUUUUUUAAUAAGGCAAGGAUGAUUAUUCAACGUGAUCGUAUUAAUAACGUAAUAUUAUUGUUUAUUUGUAAGAUUUUAUUUAUAUGAAAAAUACGAAAUCUUUCUCUUUUUUUUUAUCUUGGUUUAAUGCAUUUAAAUAUGUUAACGAUAUUAAUAUUUUAACCAUUACUGCCAACGUAGAGAUAUUUAUAUUUUUUUUUUUAUAAUCGUAGAGUUGAAAACUCGUCCUUGUCUUGCGUUUAGGGUUUUUUAAACGGUGACGUAUUCUCUGCCCUUCCCCGUACCACGUUUCCGUGCAGUGACACGAGAAUACGUACACAAGGGGAAACAUUUUUGCAGUGCCAGAGGUAGAACGGUAUUUUUUAAUUUUUUUACUUUCCUUUCUUUUUUUAUAUAAUUUUCUUUUUAAAAAACUCUAAAAGCAUUUGUGUAUUUAUCCUAAUUUAUUUAUUUUUUUGUUGUAUUAUAUCGUACUUUUGGCUCUUAAUUUAUUUCUUUUCUCUGUUUAUGUUUUAAGAUAUCGUUUUUUAAGGAUAUUUUAUACUACGAAUUUUUCCUCUUUUUUUUCUUCUUCUCUUUUUUUUUCUUGUAACGUAAGAAGAAAAAAAAUAAAUAUACGGUGCAAUAAAAUCAAUUUAAUGAUAA